AUGCGGAGCGCGCUGAGCUGGUGCGCGGUAGCCCGCGCCCUGGUCCUAGCCGGCCUCUGGCUGGCCGCAGCCGGGCGCCCCCUAGCCUUCUCGGACGCGGGGCCGCACGUGCACUACGGCUGGGGUGAGCCCGUCCGCCUACGGCACCUGUACGCCGCCGGCCCCCACGGCCUCUCCAGCUGCUUCCUGCGCAUCCGCGCCGACGGCGGCGUUGACUGCGCACGGGGCCAGAGCGCGCACAGUCUGCUGGAGAUCAGGGCAGUCGCUCUGCGGACCGUGGCCAUCAAGGGCGUGCACAGCGUCCGGUACCUCUGCAUGGGGGCCGACGGCAGGAUGCAAGGGCUGCCUCAGUACUCUGCCGGAGACUGUGCUUUCGAGGAGGAGAUCCGCCCCGACGGCUACAAUGUGUACCGGUCUAAGAAGCACCAUCUCCCCGUCUCCCUGAGCAGUGCCAAACAGAGGCAGCUGUACAAGGACAGAGGCUUUCUGCCCCUGUCCCACUUCUUGCCCAUGCUGCCCGGGAGCCCAGCAGAGCCCGGGGACCUCCAGGACCACGUGGAGUCUGAUGGGUUUUCCGCCCCCCUAGAAACAGACAGCAUGGACCCUUUUGGGAUCGCCACCAAAAUGGGACUAGUGAAGAGUCCCAGCUUCCAAAAAUAAGUGGGGCUGUGGCCUCCCCUCCACCGCCCUCAGAGGCCAGGACCCCCGACCUGUGGUGCUUGCAAAGUGGGUUCUGGCUAUGCUUCUGCAAGUAUAAUCCUGGGCUCGUGCUCCGGGUAGCUUUAGGAAGAAACAUCUAGAACUUGUACAUAUACAGAGUUGUACAUUGGCUGUGCCAGUUCCUAGCGGAUAGACAUGUAUGAUCUUGAAAUCGUAAGCCCUCCACCCCGCACCUUUGCCAUUGCUGGACAGUUUGCUGUGCUGCCCUGAUUCUGCUUGAAUACCUCCACUGACCGGGAACUCACCACCUUUGGGGAAGUUCUUAUGCCAAGCUGAAACGUUCUGCAGUUCUCUCUCCCGUCAUUUCCAGUAGGGGCAGCCAGAAGAAAAGCGGUCAUUUUAAACUCACGUACAGGUGAUCAGCUUUGUGAAACCUUAGGUAAAUUUGACUCUACCACAUGAGAAUUGAUCGAGGUCUCCACUCCAAAGAGGAUCGUUGGUUCUCCCCCAGCCCCUCCAGGACAGAACUGAUCAGGCAUGGCCCACCAGGCUUUGGGAACAGGGAGAACCCAGAGGCCUCCAGCCUGGGUAAACCUUAAGAACUCCCCGCUACGGCUGCCUCUGGGACAGAUGACCUUCACCGGACUACUUGGCAGUCUGCCCAGGGUCCAUCGGGAAUUCACUUGCCCCUCCCCUUGACCUCCAGCGCCCUGUACAUAGCCAACACUUACCAGGGCUCACUAGUUCCCCUAAGUGAACGACCACCUGCUUGGGGGGGACAGGACGUGAGGACAGCCUCGGUAGCCCUCCUUCCCCAGGAUCCCAUCUGCUCUGGGCAUGUGGGUUUCACACUUGAGCGCCCCUCUGGACAGAACCCCGCGGGCCCCCCCUUCCAGGUCUCCCACACAAUGCUGCGGCUCUGGCGCGCUCCCUCCUUUCUCCAGCGCCGUGGAUACGGACCAGAGAGGAGCAGACAUGCCUUCUGGGGCUGUUUCCAUGUUCCCAGCCCUUUGCGGGGCAGCGGGACUUGGCAGCCGCUCGCCUUAGGUAGCCUGCUCAUCGCGUUCAAAAGCCAGGAAAGGUUAGAUUGGGAAGCCCCCGGUCUUGCCAGUAACUUGCAGAAGCAGCGGGGAGAGGAGCCCUUCCCAGCACUUAGUUGCCAACGUGGUAUUUAUGCGUAAUUUAUUUUGUUGGAUAUGUACAUCUCUCUA